GCGGCUUUGCGCUCGGUGCUAUCAGCUUUGUGCGACGGACCGCCUAUAAAACACGGGUAGUAGGCUUAAAUUUUAGGUAUUCAAGUCCUGAGGAACACCACACUCAUCGGCCCUCCAAAUUCCAGCCCCAUUCGCCACUUCCCUCAUCCAACUCCCAGCACUCCGCCCUUGCCCGCCAUGGCCGAGCCCAGCCCUGUCUCGGCUGAGGAGAAGCAGACGUACAGGGGCAACUGCCACUGCGGCGCCUUCGUCUUCGAGGCCUUCAUCCCCGAGAUCAAGGAGGUCAAGGUCUGCAACUGCAGCAUCUGCAUCAAGAAGAACUACGCCUUCGCCAUUGUGCCCGACGCCGACUUCAAGGUCGUCAAGGGCGACAUCGAAAAGGACCUCACCGUCUACAAGUUCGACCCGGCCUUGCUGUCGCACAUGUUCUGCUCCAACUGCGGCACCGCCGUCCUUGGCACCUACACCAAGAUGCCCGGCUUCACCGCCAUCAACGCCCGCGCCGUCCAGGGGCCGCUCGACCUGUGGAAAAUGGCCAAGAAUAAAUACAACGGCGUCUCGUACAAGCCCGAGUACGUCCCGCCCCCGUACGACGACAUGCCCGAGCCGGCCACCCGCUUCGACGAUGAGCCCUCGGGCGGCAAGCUCUACCACGGCAGCUGCCACUGCGGCGACGUGCGCGUGGCGCUCCGCGUCCCCAAGCCGUUCGACCAGGAUCGCGCCGCCGACUUCGAGCAGGACCCGGCGCGCGCCAUCGUCGAGUGCAACUGCUCGCUGUGCCAGCGCACCGGCGCCACGUGGAUCUAUCCGAACCGGGGCCAGGUCGUGAUCAAGGCGCGCGGCGGCGGCGACGACCCGCGCGGGGACGCCUUCUCCAAGGCCGUGGGCGCCUACCACGUGCGCCUGGGCUCGCAGGUCUUUUGCCGCCGCUGCGGCGUCUACGUCGCCAACCGGCUCGACAUUUCGACCGACGACGAGUUUGCCGCCCUGCCCGAGGGGCUGCGCGCGUACAUGGCCGACAAGCGAGACUGGCAGCCGCUCAACCUGCGCAUCUUCCAGGACGUGGAACUGGAAGGUCUGAACAUCACCGAGGCCGACGGCUGGAACAAGAUCCAGCCGCCGUAUGUCAACCCUUGAGGUCGAGGCCGUGAUGGGGGGAUCAAGGUGGAAUGGUAACGUCGCCGAGAAGGAGAUGUAUGUACGUAUGUCAAAAGGGUGCAUUUCGCGUGCGCCUUCCUCAAUGA